GUGAAGAAGCAAUAAGACGGCGACAGCCGACAGCCGACAGCUAGUUAACAGCAGUCCAAAGAAUCCCUUCUCUCUUCUCUUGUGAUAGACCCAGAUCGUGAUUUAUUUAUUUAGUCCCCAUUAACAUUAAUGGUCUAAUCAUCCCACAAUUUUGAAUCCGCAUUGCUGUUGUAAUUCAUCAGAAGUAAUUGCGGGUGUUCGGUGAAGUGAAGUCCUCUGUUUCUCGGGGAAGAAAUGGAGGCCGGUGCUGGGAUGGUUGCCGGAUCGCACAAGCGGAAUGAGCUGGUUCGAAUCCGCCAUGAUUCUGAUAGUGCGCCAAAACCCCUUAAGGAUCUGAAUAGUCAGAUAUGCCAGAUUUGUGGUGAUGCUGUUGGGGUGACUGCUAGUGGUGAUGCAUUUGUUGCGUGUAAUGAGUGUGCCUUCCCUGUUUGCCGGCCUUGUUAUGAGUAUGAGCGCAAAGAUGGAAAUCAAGCGUGUCCCCAAUGCAAAACUAGAUACAAGAGACAAAAAGGGAGUCCACGGGUUGAUGGGGAUGAUGAAGAAGAUGAUGGUGAUGACCUGGAUGAUGAGUUUAAUCAUGCCCAGGGGAAUAGCAAGGCUAGACGCCAGUGGCAGGGAGAAGAUGUGGAUCUCUCUUCUUCUUCUAGGCAUGAGUCUCAGCAGCCAAUACCUCUUCUCAUGAAUCGUCAGCCUAUUUCUGGUGAAAUCCCUACACCAGAUACUCAAUCUGUAAGGAGCAUGUCAGGACCUUUGGGUCCUGGUGACAGGCAUGGCCACUCAGUUCCAUAUCUCGACCCUAGACAGCCAGUUCCUGUGAGAAUUGUGGACCCUUCGAAGGACUUGAAUAGUACUUAUGGACUUGGAAAUGUUGACUGGAAAGAGAGGGUGGAAGGUUGGAAACUUAAACAGGAGAAAACAAUGGUGCAUGUGAACAACAGAUACUCAGAUGGGAAAGGAGGAGAUACUGAAGUGAUAGGGUCGAAUGGAGAAGAGCUACAGAUGGCUGAUGAAGCUCGCCAACCCCUAAGUCGCGUUGUGCCUAUUCCUUCUUCUCACCUUACUCCCUAUCGUGUUGUGAUUAUACUUCGGCUGAUCAUCUUGGGAUUUUUCAUGCAAUACCGGCUUACUCACCCUGUGAAUGAUGCCUAUCCUUUGUGGCUGGUAUCAGUUAUCUGUGAGGUCUGGUUUGCCUUAUCUUGGCUUUUGGAUCAGUUCCCAAAAUGGUCACCCAUCAACCGUGAGACCUACCUAGACAGGCUUGCAUUAAGAUUUGAUAGGGAAGGGGAGCCUUCCCAAUUAGCACCAGUAGAUGUGUUUGUCAGUACUGUGGAUCCCAUGAAGGAGCCUCCUCUCAUUACAGCAAACACAGUGUUGUCAAUCCUUUCUGUGGAUUACCCCGUCGACAAGGUCUCGUGCUAUGUUUCUGAUGAUGGUUCGGCAAUGUUAACAUUUGAAUCCCUCUCAGAGACUGCAGAGUUUGCAAGGAAAUGGGUGCCCUUCUGUAAGAAGUUCAAUAUCGAGCCUCGGGCUCCUGAGUUCUAUUUUGCUCAAAAGAUUGAUUAUCUAAAGGACAAGAUUCAGCCUUCAUUUGUGAAAGAGCGCAGGGCAAUGAAGAGGGAAUAUGAAGAAUUUAAGGUACGAAUCAAUGCACUUGUUGCAAAAGCACAAAAGAUGCCCGAGGAAGGUUGGACAAUGCAAGAUGGAACCCCUUGGCCUGGAAACAACUCUAGGGAUCAUCCCGGAAUGAUCCAGGUCUUCUUGGGCCACAGUGGGGGGCUUGAUACAGAUGGAAAUGAACUUCCUCGUCUGGUUUAUGUUUCCCGUGAAAAGAGGCCAGGAUUUCAACACCACAAGAAGGCUGGAGCUAUGAAUGCUUUGAUUCGAGUGUCUGCUGUCCUUACUAAUGGAGCAUAUCUUUUGAACGUUGAUUGUGAUCACUACUUCAACAACAGUAAAGCACUUAGAGAAGCUAUGUGUUUCAUGAUGGAUCCCGCUUAUGGAAAGAAGACAUGCUAUGUUCAAUUCCCCCAGAGAUUUGAUGGCAUUGACUUGCAUGAUAGAUAUGCCAACCGCAACAUUGUGUUCUUUGAUAUCAACUUGAAGGGGCUGGAUGGGCUUCAAGGUCCCGUCUAUGUGGGAACUGGAUGUUGUUUCAACAGGCAAGCUUUGUAUGGGUAUGAUCCGGUCUUAACUGAGGCUGAUUUGGAGCCAAACAUUAUCGUCAAGAGCUGUUGUGGCUCUCGGAAGAAGGGAAGGAAUGGCAACAAGAAAUACAUCGAUAAGAAGAGGGCAGCUAAACGAACCGAAUCCACUAUUCCAAUUUUCAAUAUGGAGGACAUUGAAGAGGGUGUUGAAGGGUAUGAUGACGAGAAGUCUCUUCUGAUGUCUCAAAAGAGCUUAGAGAAGCGGUUUGGUCAGUCUCCUGUUUUUAUCGCUGCCACCUUUAUGGAACAAGGAGGCAUUCCGCCAUCUACUAACCCCGCAACCCUCUUGAAAGAAGCAAUCCAUGUUAUUAGUUGUGGUUACGAGGACAAGACUGAAUGGGGCAAAGAGAUUGGAUGGAUCUACGGUUCUGUGACUGAAGAUAUCUUGACUGGGUUUAAGAUGCACGCGAGAGGAUGGAUUUCAGUGUAUUGCAUGCCUCCUCGUCCAGCGUUUAAGGGGUCUGCUCCAAUCAAUCUUUCUGAUCGUUUAAACCAAGUGCUUCGAUGGGCCUUGGGAUCCAUCGAAAUUUUCCUCAGUCGUCAUUGCCCUAUAUGGUAUGGGUACAACGGAAAACUGAAGCUCUUGGAGAGAAUAGCAUACAUUAACACCAUCGUCUAUCCUCUCACUUCAAUCCCGUUGAUUGCAUACUGCAUUCUUCCCGCCAUCUGUCUUCUAACGGGGAAGUUUAUUGUUCCCGAGAUAAGCAACUACGCUAGUGCAUGGUUCAUUCUUCUCUUCAUAUCCAUUUUCGCGACUGGAAUUCUGGAGCUUAGGUGGAGUGGUGUGAGUAUAGAGGACUUGUGGAGAAACGAACAGUUCUGGGUCAUCGGUGGCACAUCAGCCCAUCUCUUUGCGGUGUUCCAGGGGCUCUUGAAAGUGCUUGCUGGGAUCGACACCAAUUUCACCGUCACCUCAAAGGCAUCCGACGAAGACGGGGAGUUUCAAGAGCUCUACGUUUUCAAGUGGACUUCGCUCCUCAUUCCCCCGACCACCGUCCUUAUAGUGAACCUGGUGGGUAUAGUCGCGGGAGUUUCGUUCGCCAUAAACAGCGGGUAUCAGUCGUGGGGUCCUCUGUUUGGGAGGCUGUUCUUCGCCAUUUGGGUCAUUGUCCACUUGUACCCUUUCCUCAAAGGUCUGCUGGGCAGGCAGAACCGCACGCCCACCAUCGUCAUCGUCUGGUCCAUCCUCCUCGCUUCCAUCUUCUCGUUGCUGUGGGUCCGCAUCGACCCCUUCACGUCAGACAGCGCAAAAGCCGCCGCCAGAGGUCAGUGUGGCAUCAACUGCUAAACGGGUUUUGUUUUGUAUUUAUUUAGAUCAAGAAAAAGCUCCAUGGCCAGAAAGUUUCAGUUACCGGCUUUGCGUAAAUAGAAGAAGAAGAAGAAAGUGUUAUUGUAAAAUGGAGAAGUGGAGGUGUUGUUGUACUUUGUGGUCUCAACUGCAUAAUUCUUUUGUUGAUAUAUACUUCUGGGGAGAAAGCCUUAAUUAAUGUAAUAGAUUAUAUAUUGUUAGUGUGCAGUGUUCUUACACAAUGUUGUUAAAACAAUACAUGUAUGAACCCAACCUUUCAUGGCUGCCUGCUUUCAUAGUGAAACCAUUUUGUGCAACAACUUAUCAAUGCUCUUUCUUUUGAGUCA